GCUAUUCUGUAAUUUGACGCCUUCAAACUUUGGCGACGUUUCCGAGGAAGGGGCGAAGGUCUUCCUCCUCCACUUUCCCUUCCAACCCUUCCUCCUCGACUCAUCGUACAAUGUCAAUGAUAGAAAGGCAGUGCAGACUCCGCCGCUCUACUGAUCGAACGCUGGAAGCCAAGCCGUCGGUUUCCGAGGGCCGCCACCGCAUUCCGUCGCCGCCUCCGCCUGCUGAGGCAGCCGACGGCGGCAAUGUCGACCGAGUCCUUUUCAAGAACCUCGUUGAGAUGGUCCCCCUCGUUGAAUCGCUGAUGGAUAGGAGGGCGCGCUCGUCCUUCACGCGGAGGGCUUCUGUGAUCUACACACCGGCACCAUCCCACCCGAAGAAGACCACUGAGGUAAAAGGUGCAAGAGCUACUCCAACUUUUUCUGCAAAGAAACAAAGGGAUUUAGACAAUACACAAAGAAACAAGCAAAGUGAUUCGUGUAAUGGGUUUACUAUAGAAACUGAAAAAAUCCUGAGAGCUCAGGAAGAGUUAAAUGUAUUAAGGGAACAGAUUAAUGAUCUACAAAGGAAAAUACUAGAGAAAGAUGAAGCUCUGAAAUCAGCUGAAAGUGAAAUUAACCAAAUGAAAGCAGCUUAUAUCUCUAUUGAUGAGUUGAGGAUUCAAAUUGCAGAGAAAGAUUCUAUGGUUAAAUCAAUUAACUCACAGUUAAGCAAUGCCAAGGUAGAAACAAAGAACAGUCUGGCAGACAAGCAAGCAACUUUGGAGAGACUGACUUGGGAAGCUCAAAUGUCUAACAAGAAAAUUGAGGAACUUCAAGGAGAGAGAGUCUCUAUGGACUAUGAGAUUACCAAAUUGAUGCAAAUUUUUGAGGAAUUAUUUGCAAAUCAUUCAUCUAUACACCCUGAUGCAAGUUUAUAUUCGUACAGUUUGGAACCUCUUCCAGUUUUAAGUGACAUGGAUGAUAUCGCAUCGGAGAAACUGGAAGAGACGAGAGCAGCUUAUGUUGCAGCAGUUGCUGCUGCAAAGGAGAAUCCAACUGAGGAGUUGCUAGCUAGAGCAGCUGAGGCUAGACUACAUCUUCAAGCCCUUGUAAUCUAACAGUUUCAUAUUUGGAUCAGUAUGAAUGUGAUGGUGAUUGAUUGUAAUGUCUUUUGCAUUAAUUUAUGACAUGAUUGAUGCUUUAAUGUUAAUAUCCAAUCCUCUAGUUAAAGCCAUGUUUUCGUCUAGGUUUUCUUUAUUCGGGCUCAUGAAACACUGUCGAUGUUUGCCUUACCACCCGAUGUUUCACUUGAAUAUAUAUUUAGGAGAAGUUA